AUGUCCGGCGUGCAGCGCAUGAAGGUGGCCAACGAGCGGCACAGCAAGAGCAUCACGCAGCGCGGCGGCCCCCACCGAGCCCCGGAGGAGAAGGCGCCGGUGGGGCCGUGGCUGCUGGCCCUCUUCGUCUUCGUGGUCUGCGGGUCAGCCAUCUUCCAGAUGAUCCAGAGCAUCCGGCUGGGCGGCUGA